ACAUCAAUAAAUGCUACAGUCACAGUGAGUUCCGUGGGGUGCGGAUCGCGGAGAGUUCAGUCCAAGUGUUUGUUAUAUUUUAUCAUUCUUCGUUUUUAGUAUUUUAAUUCAUAAUAUUAUUAGUGUUAAAAUGAGCAUUGCCGCCUUACUACAAGCUGCCGAAUAUUUAGAAAGGCGAGAAAGAGAAGCAGAGCAUGGAUAUGCCUCGACAGCGCCUCCGGAGGAUUUAAGAAAUAUGAUGAAAAGGCCAAAGACAAAAAAAUCCCAAGGUUCCAGGACGACGCAUAACGAAUUGGAAAAAAAUAGGCGAGCACACCUUAGGAAUUGCUUGGAGAAACUCAAAGAAAUGGUUCCCCUGGGCAACGAAGCUUCUAGGCAUACCACUUUAGGUUUAUUAACGAAAGCGAAAAGGUUUAUUAAGAAUUUGGAGGUGCAGGAGCGAAAGCACGCGAUCCAGAAGGAGCAGCUGAGUCGGGAGCAGAGGUACCUGAGGCGGCGGUUGGAGCAGCUGGGCGUCGGGACGCACUACGGCGGUGCGGCGUCGCUGGGCAGCGGCGCCAAACGACGCUCGGUGUCUGAGUGCUCGCUGUCCAGCACACUGUCUGCGUCUUCGUCGGCGUCCUCGGCGUCGUCCGGAAGCGUCCUGUCGCCGUCCAUUUCCGAGUCGGACGAGAUCGACGUGAUCGGCUACGGCAGCGGCAGCGGAAGCAGCAGCGGCCACAGCAGCAGCGACACGGACGACCAGAGCAGCGUGCAGUCGGCGUCCAGCGACAGCGGCGUCGCUAUGUCCACCAGCCGACUCACGCUUCACGACAUGCAAGUCAUCUAGGUGCGCGUGAUGUGCGCGUAACGAUUGAUUUCAUGAAUGUAUGGAGAUCUGGCACCAUGCUGCUACACGUUGCUGGAGUCUUGAAAGAAGUACGCGAGAGCCAGUAUAAGUACCCACCAAGUAUCCUGCUCUAGUCAUCUCUGCCCCUCGUCCUCUCUCCCUCCCUCCCUCACCCCUCUCACCCCACCCAUGCUACUUGCUUUCUCUGCAACUUCUCUCGGAACGGCGCUAUUCUCAGCUCUCUUCAGCUUGUUUCUUGUUAUCGCCAAACAUUUCUCUACAUCGGUUCAUUCAUGGACAUAUAUCUACAGUGUUGAGUGUAUCCAUAUCUGUUUCUGCUAUUCGAAUCCAGUGCUCUGAUCAUGUAAUGAUAAAGGGACGUCCGAUUAGUUCUAUAUAAUUUGUUAUUUAACAGUAUUAUACUAUACUAAAUCUCUAGCUUGAAAUAAUUAUUUUUGUUCUCAAGUUUUCCAACAAAUUUCCAGCCCCAAUAUUUCCUUUAGAAAAAUCGUUUUUGUUUUUCUAUUAGAAAAAAAUAACCAUUUUUGCAAUGUUUUAUGUUGCAGUCCUUCAUCACAGAUGUUGUUAAAAGUUUGAUUUUUUCGCUUUUAUCGAUAUAAAAUUAUAUAUUUUAUUAUUUUUUUACCAGCUUUUGUUUCCGUUGAAAUACUACAUCAACAGAGAUGUUGCAAAAUUUUAAUGUUUGUAGCUUCUAUUGGUGUAGGAUGUGGAUUGUGGUUACUUUACCACAUCAAUGUAAAUAUUGAGUAAACUCUAAACUCAUUCUUGAAAAUGUUUGUAAUAAAUACAGAAACUAUUGGUGAAAUGAAAUUAUCUUCUGGUGGUUCGGAACCCACCUUAAACUGUAGGUCCAUUUAUCGCUCCCUCACGCAAAAGCGUAGAACUGGGCGCACACCAUCCUCAUCUAAAGCACUCCACUGUCUAGCAUUUUUGCUAGUAAGUAGAGUAUAAAUAUGAGAAUUUAAAUAGCAACCUCAUCAUGAAUAUAUCAGUCAUUACUUGACAGAUUAUUUUUUUUAAACAUAAUGAUAACAAUACUGUACCAGUAUGUUUAUGUCCCAGUAAAAUAUUAUUGUUUGAAUGCAGUUGAACAAUGUUGUUUGAAAAGAGCUUUAAAUCAAACGUUACCAUGUAAGAUCCUUUUCCAUUUUCAAUCAUGAAUGAAACUUAGACUAUUUGCUUUCAAAUCAGUGGAGCCUUUGUAUUGUUGAAUAAACAAUGAUAAUCCUAGCAAAAUUCAUGAAUUCUAUCUGAAGUUUUCAAUCUUCAUUCUAUCGUGUAGAAUAAAAAUAACUAGUUCCAACUAAUAUAUAACCCUUUGAUUUUAGGUGAAUUUCUUAUCUAAUUGAGAAGUUCAUGAAAUUAUUUAGUGAACUUAGAUUAUAUGAGAUUAGUGUAAGUCGAGCUCUUACUGCUCUACUCCAGUAUUGUAUUAUAAGGUUAAUCUUCAAGCUUUUUGUAAAUUAAUUUCGAACAUUCCUGUUUCUCUAGAUAGAAUUAUUGAUUGUACUAUUUUUGAUCUGUUAAUUAGUCGGUUAUUCUAAUGAUUUCAUAUAGUACAAAUGAAAUAGAUGAGUUCCUAUGUAAAGUUUCACAGUGGCAUUAAAUAUAAUUAUUGGUACCCUCAGGAUGAUGUAUAAAAUAAUAUUCAUAGAAACAGCAUUGACACUAAAUAAACCCUUCACGCAAUUCAUGAUUGAACCUUCACCAACACAAAUAAUACUCAGUAAAAAGAAAUAAUUAAACUGAAAUCUAUUUUAAUCUUUCAAUGUUCUCCAAACUCAAACGUUAUUAGAUGAACUUCAUUAUUCUAAACUUUGUGAUCACAUGGAGCAUUUGAUUUACAGCUUCUUUCAUUGUGUUUUAAUAUUUUUUACAUAACAAAAUUUGGUCAGAAUACUGGAUUCUAUUGCAGAGUUAAUUCUUGUAAUGUAAAAAAAUUCAAAUUUUGUAACCUCUUAAGUUUGGGAAUUCCAAAGACGACUUAUUCAAAUGAUAAUUCAAAAAAGUUGCUAUAUCUUUGAUACAGAACAAGAAUUUCGAAAUGGAACUUAUUGUGCUUAGAAAGUGAUAAUUGCAGCCCCAAUGAUAUUCAACAUUCCAGAGACUUUAUUCUGGGGAUAAGAAUUGAAUUAAAGCCGCCAAUUAUCAUUUACUGAAUUGUAAUUAUAUGUAAUCUCAAAGUACUGUACAUGUGUUUUUCUCAAAUAUUUUGUAUAAUUGUGUCUUAUUAAGAUUACCAGCUUUGUAGACUCUUCCCCAAAUGUAAUGGAUCAAAUCCAACUCAGCGCUAUGAUCAUUUAAAAUUUGAAAAAGCAUUUAUAAAGAGAAACAUUUUAAGUAACAUGAAAUUGAACUGAAUUUUUGAAGUUGAAUGUAAGUAUUAUUAAUAUUAAAGAAUAGAAAAGAUUGAAUAAUAUAAAUAUCGAUAAUAUAUUUUAUGUUUCUUUGUGAAUUUCAGUAUUCACGUAUAAUUUUAGAGAUUUUUAAAAGAUGGUUAUGAUAAGGUUUACAAUUGCUUAUUCUAUUUGAGCUUUAAAGUUCAUGUAAAUAUGAUUUCCUUGUUGUGGUCAUGCAUCAAGUUUGUAUCUUUGUUUUCUCGUAAUCUCUGUUCUCUGUUCAUAUUAUAAUUUGGUCGUAUACGAAUACUAAUCAAUAAAACUUCAGUCACACCUGACCUCAUCUAACGCUUCUUAUCGUGAACUUCUUACUUGUACAAUUGAUGGUACAAAUGGCUCGUUAAAUAUAUUUCAAUCGAUGCAUUAUCACAAAUUGAAAUUUCAUAAGAACAGAACUUGACAAUGUUGGUGCGAACUCACUUACCGACCAACUUGAUUAGAUCAGCAAUUGUGUUUUGGUGACUUCAUUACUACAAUGUUUAUAAUAAUGUUUCCAUUGAAAUUGUAUAUACUGUAGCUUAUUUUUAUGACGACACUUCAUAGCUCUGAACGCUAGACAGUGUUCGCGGAAGAUUAAAUGUGUGAGCGGCGAAUUAUUCAUCAGACUGAUAGUUUUUGUAAAACAAACUUAUCCUUUAUAAUAUAUGCUUUAGAAAGUAAUUUGUGUAUUGUGCGAAUUAGUUGAACGAUAAAUUUCGGUUUUUGUCAUUUUUCCAUUUAUCAUUUCCAUCCAUUCUUUCAUCACUUGAUGCAUACAAAUAAUUCAUUCUUACACCUGAUCAUAACUAUAUUUUCCAAUAUAAAAAAAUACUAACCAGAAUUUUCUGUUGAAGCUCCUGGAUGAUCUCUUUCUUAAAAAAAUUUCGAAGCAAUGACCUUCAGCUAAAUAUUUUGUAUUGCUUGUUAUAGAGUUGCAAUUCAUGGAAUUCUAUUGAAACUGUGUGUGAGCAUCACAUAUUAAGUUAUAAUUGACAUUUCAAACACUUUAAUUUUCAUCCUGAUUAUUGUCAUCUUUACAAUAAUUUCUUCAUGAUAAAUAAAAUAGCAUUAAUUUCCCAAAUUGAUAAUUUAUACAAAUUUAUGACGAUCACAAUGGAUACUAAAAUGCCAUACAGGUUUGUAUGAGAUGAUGAAAUUCUCACGAAUCUUAUCGAUUUCAUCAUUGUUGUUGAAAACCGUUAUCAUUGUUGAUUAAUCACUUAUAAAUCGCUCUUUGAAGUUGAAUUUUCAAGCCAAUCUCGUUUUUAUAGAAUACGGUAAUCAUUUCCAAAUUUCCAGUCAGGAUUGCAAGAGCAUUCCUCUGAUUUGAACAAGAACACUCAUGUUCGAUAAUGCUAUUUUCCAAGAGAAAUCAUUUUAGGAACAAGAAGAUACGUUUGUAAGAUAAUUGGAUAUAAUAUUUAAACUUUUCAUCAUCUUAAAAAUACAUUCAGUUAUUUAAUCAUCUCUUUUGAUUUUCCUAUCACCGUUCAUCCCACUAUUUUCAAUUGCCAUGUUGUUAAGAAUGCUGGCUUGUGGUGACAAGUAGCUGAUGCCAAGUUACACGUCGGAACUCCUUGUAUAUUCAACUCGUCUUCAUAAUAUUUAUCCUUAGAUCGUGCAAGUGAGUGUUGAGUCAGAACAACUAACUUGGACAAAGAUACUUGCCUUCCAACUGGCCUCGUGUAAACCAUGUCCUAAGCGUGCAAUAAUCAUGCGAACAAGAGGGUGCGUGCAAUUGAAUAAUUGAUAAAAUUAAGCCCAAAUUUUUGACCAAUUGAUUAAUCUGUAUAGAAACGUCCAAAAAGCUAUGACUUUUCUAGAUUUUUAAGUAAAUGUUCAAGAACUGAGCGCAUACUUUCCUAAACGGUACAACCAUUUUUCUAUCAGUAUCUGAUUCUUGAAGUAUAUGUUUUUUGUUUUGUAAGUUAAAAAAAUUAUUUCACCUUUCAAUAUUGUAGGCUACAUUUUGCUUUCUGUCGUGAUACUCAACUUUAUUACGAUCAUCAACCAAUUACAUUAUUUAACUAAUGAGUUGAGCUCGAAUUCAUCAUAACCUAUGGAAUCAGCAACUAUGAAUACAAAUCUAUACUUUUUAUCCACCAACUAUUUCUAUUCAAGGUCGAUCUAAUUGAUAAUCUCAACUAAAAUUCAAAUACUGUACUUUUACUAGAUUCAAACAAAAUACUGACUGUAGGGGCCAAAAACAUUAUCAGAGAGGAUUGCUCAACUGCAGCUUCAAGAUAUUUAUGAUCCAAUUAUUCGUUUUCGUUUUGAGUAAUUUCAAUGAUAGAUAACAAACGCAGUUAUGUUUUAAUGUUUCUUUGUGGUUAUGUCAAAUACAAACCAGUAACGUUCAGAAAUUGUAAAAAAUUAAAAUAAAUUUGUGAGAUUUAUCGCGAUCAUUUGAUUAAAUUUGUUUGCUGGUGCGUUGUUAAUAUUGAUGUUCCAAUGAAAUUACCAGCUCAUAGUUAGCUUUCUAUGUGUUGUUACUCGCGAAUUAGUUAGGAAUAGAAAUUAAUUGACUCAUUUAACCAACAAACAUCACAACCUUUCUAGGUAGCCGAUAUUUUUCUAUUAGAUGCUUUGUGUUAGAUACUUUAACUUGUUGAGUACUUUGGGAUUGUUGUAAUUGAAGCAUUAGCAUUGGAUGACAUGCGGAUGGAUAUUAAUGUAAUAAUUAGGUGAACUAGAGGCGACGUCGCUAAGACUGCUUUCAAACAUAAUAGAACGUCGCCUGAACAUUUUUAGCCUGUAAUAUACACGACGUGUUGUUACCAAAGUGUUGUUACGUCGUCAGAGCGAUCAAUGAUUUAUUUAUUAAACUAAUGUUAACGUCGUCGAAAGCUGGAAUUAAAUGCUGAAUGUAUGUGCGCGCGCGGUGGCUUUUUAAUUAGGUAACUUUGUGAAUCUGAUUACGUUCUAUUCUGUCGGAUGUCGGAUGAUGAACAGGGCGGCUGGAUUGCUAUGGUUGCAGUUGUGUUAUUUAUUACUAUUGUGUAGCUUACUCGUCAUCCAGUAACAGGUACUUGUGGGUACCAGAUCUCAAAUCCCAAACCUAAAAAUAGUACAAAUUCUAUUUGAAAAAUACAAAAAAAAGAAUGAUAAUGUUCUCCCUCAAUGAUAAAAGGGAUAGCGUUCAAUUAAUAAUUAAUCGAUUAACGAUGAUGAUUAUUAUUAUGAUUAUAUUAAUGUUUUAUCGAGUGCUGAUGUAUGCGAGUGUGUGUGUGUGAGAGAUGUUAGUUGUGACUGUUGAUCGAUUAAUUUGAUCAUCUACAUACACAGAACUGUCCCUGUAAUACUAAUAUGAUUAUGAAACCAAUCGAGGUCAUCUUUGAAAACCUACUGCUUAUUAAACCCCAGAUAGAAUCUCGCUUAAACUUGUGCGCUUACCGUUGACCAAUUCAAAGAGAGACACGCAGGCACGCGAUUAACACACAUAUACACACACAAAAUUCACAAUUUUCACCCAUUAAAUGAUGUCCAACUGCUGCAGUUUACCUAAACAUGCUAAGGUUAGUGUUGUGGACCGGCUGUGUACAUUAGGCUUGAAAAUGGGUGUGCAUGAAUGUUGAUGAUGAGCGUUGCGUUUAUACAGUGCCGUGUAAGUUCGGGCCGCUCUGAAAUUUUCCAACGUUUGGAAACUGCCUAAAACUGAUGUGUCACACGACUUUCCAACCGAUAUGCGUCAGAACUGUACAAACAACUAGCUGAGCUUUCCAACUGUUUCAAUGCUCGAGUUUACACCCGCUUACUAACUGCCUAGUGAAACGUUUUAACAUACACUAAGAGAUGCAGAACUGAAGACUGUUGAAUGGACCAAGAAACAAUAGGAUGUUAUUUCUUGAAAGAGAUUGUACCAAAAUCAUAGAUAUUAUUGAGGAACUUUCAAAAAUCCUCCACACACCACUUACUUCUGUGUUCAACAACUUUGAAAUAUAAUUCACUAGAUUUUUUCUCAAAAAUUAAUAUACGUACUAAUUGAACAGUGAGUUGUAGAAACUGAUUUCUCACUGACUACCAACUCAUUAAUAGUUGAUUAGGCCUCACUUAUUUUUUCUUUAUAUUUACUCCACUCCACUUGAACCUCAGCUGCAAGAGGUACAUUAUUUCAUAGUUUAAAAAUCAUUGCAUACUAAUAUUUUCCCUCAUUCUCAUUAUAUUGAGUUAACUAUUACAAUAUAUCCUGUUUACCGUUCCCUCAAAAUGUGGAAUGAUUUAUUAAUUUAAAAGCAUCUCUCUAGUGUGGUUGACUUUGACUGGCAUUAACUCAAGCUUAAUAAUUUUCAGCAUUAGAUGACUGGAUGUUUUAUUGUAUUCUGAUAAUUUUGGAUCUCUCUUGGUACACUUGACAUUGAGUUGGCAGUAUUUCAAUAAAUGGUGUGUGAAAAAUUUGAUCGGUUUAAUAGUAAGCGCACAAUAAGAACACAUCAGUAGCUCAAAAUGUAAUGAUUUGUAAACGUUUGUGUUUGACGAGCCAAAAACGAACAACGGUUUAGAUUUGUGCUUCGAACUGAUCUCUCAAUUGGAAUGAACAGUGACAAAUGGUAAAUUCAGAGCGUGCCCGGUUUAUGAAAAGUAUUUUUCUUUGGAAAACAAUCCAUUUACUCUGUAAUGUACACAUUUACGUAUUGUAUUAUUUAAAUAGAAGCUGGAUGUUGCAAUUUAGGCUUUAAGACAAGGUGACGUGAUGUGAUUGGGUGAACUCACUCGCACACGUCUCUCCUUCUCUAUCUCUCUCUCUUUCUCUCACAACAGAGCAGAUUGUAUGUAUUAUCAUACUACUGUAUUUAUAGCGGUAUAAAACGUUUAUAUAAAUGUGAAGAAUGUUUUGAAACUUUCUAGAUUAUAUAAAUAUUAUAUAUAUCAAAUGUUUUAAAAAUGUAAGAAAAAUAUAUAUGUCUGAUUAGAAAAACACACGAAGUGUAAUGUAUAACAUAACAGAGAUAUUAGUGGGUAAUCAAAUAAAAUUGUCGAGUCGAUGGAUGUUUUGCAAUGAUGGGUACAAUAGUUGCUUAUCGAAUGAUCACUAUUUAAAUUGUAAUUAAAAUCAUUAAACAAGUAUAUUUUACAAUUU